AUGAUUCCUUCCACAACUAACGAAGUGGGUAAUUUCACUCAACCUACGGUGACUACAAGGGAACCACAAGAUCUCAUUAUUGACAUGAUUGAGAUAUGUAAUAUACUUUUGGCUGCCACAUCAGUGUUUUUAAACAGUUCUAUCAUCAUUUUAGUUGUCUGCUCACCGAGACUAAGGAAACAGCAUAACAUAUUUACAUUUAAUAUGGCAGUUAUUGAUAUAUUUUCCGCCUUCGUAAUGCUGAUAUCACUGGCUGUUUUCAUGACAAGAAAGGUACCCCGUAUUCUCCUCACAACCUGGGGAUCGAGUAUAGUUUCAGCGAGUCUGAACAUUCUCUUACUGGCCCUCUACCGCUAUGUGACCGUUCAGGUUGACCCUUUCGGAAUUAGAAAUCUUGUCACUACACCUCGAUGCAUCUUAGCCUGUGUGUUGACGUGGUUGAACGGUUUUUUGGUUCAUAUUUUCGUCAUCUUUGAUGAAGGAAGUACGUGGGUUUCGAGCUUUAUCCUAUUCUUCUUUGCUCUGACAGGGAUCUCGUAUGCACUUAUAUACCGCGGAGUGACGAGUUCACGAGACGUGCGCCGUUUGAAAGAGAAUCGCCGUUUGCUGAUAACUUUUGUCUCCAUAUACAUAACAUCGGUUGCUUUCUGGAUCCCAGGCUUAGCUUUGACAAUUUUCUACUCCGAGAAUGAUUUGAUAGAAGAUAUAUGUGUACUUUCAUUAAACGCUAAUUUGAUUGUCAAUCCUGUAAUUUUCUGGGCGCGCUCAAAUGACUUUAGGACGGAACUUAAGAGACUCUUAUUCAAAACCAACAUUGGACCAAUAAUGGUGUAA